UGGUUUGGUUGGUCCGACCGACGGAGCCGCAUGCCAUCCCGUCCUCCUCGUCCUGUGUCGCUGCCGCGCCGCCGUCCCGUCCGUCGAUAGGUAUAGAGAGGCUCCGGCUCCGGCUCCGGCUCCCCCGACCUCUGCUGCUGCUGCUGCUGGACCGCCCACUCCACUUCCCCCCUCCUCUCGCAGAGCGGCAGAGGACGACGGCGAUGCAACCGCUUUACCCAAGGAUGCGCGCGCGGUAGAGGAAGGAGGACCUCUCCCACUUGCAACAAUCAACCAAACCCUGCCUGCCUGCCUGCCUCCCUUCCAUCUUGGACUUGAAUGGCCACCAAAUCUUUCCUCCUCACUCCCCCAUUCAUCUCUUCCCGCCCGCAGCCUCGGGCCUUCGCUCUCAACGCCCGCCGCAAGACGCCACCCACUUCCCUGCUGGCAUGCGCCGCCGCAACCACUGGCGGGGACUCGGCGCCUCAAGGCAACAACAACCCUUUCGCCGCGCUCAUCGAGGUGCCCCGCACGCUCUGGCGCCGCACCCUGCAGCCGCUCGGGGACUACGGCUUCGGCAAGCGCAGCGUCUGGGAGGGCGGCGUCGGCCUCUUCAUGGUCUCCGGGGCUGCCCUCCUCGCCCUCGCGCUCGCAUGGCUCCGCGGAUUCCAGCUGCGCUCCCGUUUCCGCAAGUACCAGACCGUAUUUGAGUUCACACAGGCCUGCGGGAUCUGCGUCGGCACGCCCGUCCGGAUACGAGGGGUCACCGUUGGCUCCGUCGUCCGUGUCGACUCUUCCCUCAGGAGCAUCGAUGCUGUCGUCGAGGUUGAAGAUGAUAAAAUUAUUAUACCACGUAAUUCAGUGGUUGAGGUGAAUCAGUCUGGUCUUCUAAUGGAGACACUGAUUGAUAUUACACCAAAAGAUCCACUCCCUGCACCUUCAGUGGGACCACUUGACCCAGACUGUUCCAAAGAAGGCCUGAUUCUCUGUGACAAAGAGAGGAUGAGAGGACAGCAAGGAGUAAGCUUAGAUGCUCUGGUUGGAAUAUUUACUCGUCUAGGAAGAGACAUGGAGGAAAUCGGUGUUAGUAAAAGCUAUAAGUUGGCUGAAAAAGUUGCAUCUAUAAUGGAAGAAGCUCAACCUCUUCUUACACGGAUUGAGGCCUUAGCUGAAGAAAUUCAACCUAUGCUCUCUGAGGUUCGGGACAGUGACCUUCUGAAGGAUGUGGAGACUAUAACUAAAGGCUUGGCGGAUGCAUCUGGCGACUUAAGAAGGCUCAAGUCUUCCAUGCUUACCCCAGAGAACAGUGAUCUUAUUAAGCAGUCUAUUUUCACCCUUAUAUUUACUCUUAAGAACAUUGAGAGUAUCAGCUCAGACAUCUCUGGUUUCACCGGUGAUGAAACGACAAGGCGGAACAUCAAGCUUCUGAUCAAGUCUCUUAGCAGGCUACUGUGAUUGUUGAGUGGACCUUUCUCUGUGCAGAAUUGCUUGAAACGGGAAAUUGUUGGUAGAGUAGGCUGUCUGGGUGAGACUGGGGUAAUCAGUUGGGUAGAGAACCAAAUGUUCCACAGGUUUUGGUUAGUGGGAUUAAUAUCCGUUGGUUUUGGUCCAAGUUUUCUGCAUUCCUUGUCCUUUUAAAAUCAAUUAAGCCAAAAAGAAAAGGCAGGCAUAGGGAGAAAUAUCUCCGUGCGCUCUUGCCAUUCAUAUAGGCCCAUUUUUGUUUAUAACUUAGCUUUCUGGUUGAACAAGUGUAAUCAAGUCACGAGAUCCGACGUAUUGCACAUGGCACAUUGUCCAGUGAAGUGUGUGUUUGUUACUAGACAUGCUGUGCUGAAGCCGCACAUAAGUUUUAUUUGCAUUUUUUUUUUAUUA